AUGGCGGCGUCGGCGGCGCUGUUCUCGCGCUGGCGGAGCGGGCUCCGGCUCGGCGCGCGGGGACUGUGCACGCGGCUGGCCACGCCGUCCCCCGGGGCCCCGGAGCAGGUGAGCCGAGGCCGCGGGGCUGCUGCGGGAAGUGGGAACCACGGAGGUGCAAAGGCCCAGGGACCACAGCAGCAGACGCCGCCGGGUCCAGAAGGUCCCAGCUAUGCCAAGAAAGUCGCACUGUGGCUCGCGGGGCUGCUUGGGGCUGGUGGGACCGUCAGCCUCGUCUACAUCUUUGGAAACAACUCUGUGGAUGAAACCGGAGCCAAGAUACCUGACGAGUUUGACAAUGAUCCGAUUGUGGUGCAGCAGCUGCGGCGGACCUACAAAUACUUCAAGGACUACAGACAGAUGAUCAUCGAGCCGACCAGCCCCUGCCUGCUGCCGGACCCUCUGCGGGAGCCCUACUAUCAGCCACCCUACACGCUUGUCCUGGAACUCACUGGCGUCCUUCUGCACCCUGAGUGGUCGCUGGCCACGGGCUGGAGGUUUAAGAAGCGCCCAGGAAUCGAGACGCUAUUCCAGCAGCUCGCCCCACUCUAUGAAAUAGUCAUCUUCACCUCUGAGACGGGCAUGACUGCCUUCCCACUCAUCGACAGCGUGGACCCUCACGGCUUCAUCUCAUACCGCCUGUUUCGGGACGCCACGCGAUACAUGGACGGGCACCAUGUGAAGGAUAUUUCCUGUCUGAAUCGGGACCCAGCCCGCGUGGUAGUGGUGGACUGUAAGAAGGAAGCCUUCCGCCUGCAGCCCUACAACGGUGUCGCCCUGCGGCCCUGGGAUGGAAACUCCGACGACCGGGUCCUCCUGGACCUGUCCGCCUUCCUCAAGACCAUUGCCCUGAACGGCGUGGAGGACGUGCGCACUGUGCUAGAGCACUACGCCCUGGAGGACGACCCCCUCGAGGCUUUCAAGCAGCGGCAGAGCCGGCUGGAGCAGGAGGAACAGCAGCGCCUGGCCGAGCUCUCCAGGUCCAACAAGCAGAGCCUCUUCUUUGGCUCCCUCACCAGCCGCCUGUGGCCUCGCUCCAAACAGCCCUGAGAUCGGGGCUGCAUGGACUCAGUGGCCCGCUCUGGGCCCCAGGAUUGCCCAGCCCCAGGCUGGGGCAGCCCCACAGCCCCGCGACCAAUAAA